AGGUAAACACAUCGGAUUAUAUCUUCUUAAGCUGUUAAUUUAAGUAAUUCAUUUCCAAACGAGUGAAACAUUUCAUUAAGUGGCUUUUGUUGGACUGUUUUAUUCCUGUCGCCAACCGGCGGUUGUUUUGCGGCUGCUCACCUGGAAAUCCCCGCGGCGGCUCUCAUCAUGACCAAACUUCUGGAGUGGCUGUUCGGCGUGUCGGUGCUGGGAGCAGCCUGGGCUCUGGUCUCUUUCGACCUGUUGGACCUGAGUCUGCCGCAGACUUACAGAGAGGUGGCCUGGCCGAUGCCCCUGUACCUGCUGGUGUCGUUUGGCUGCUACUCCCUGGCCACGGUGGGCUACAGGGUGGCCACCUUCAAUGACUGUGACGAGGCGGCGAAGGAGCUUCAGGAACAGAUAAAAGAAGCCAAAGCGGACUUGAGGAAAAAGGGCUUAAAGAUAUAGAACUUGAGGACAAUGUAGAAACUUUUGAGAGACUGGAGGGAUGCGUGGACUACUUUCAUACACAAACUAGUGUCUGCACUUGAGUCUGUUUUUUUGAGGAUGUAUUAAAUGUGUGAAUCUCUUUUUAUUUGUUCCCAGGCUUAAAGAGACUUAAAAACCACUGCUAAUGCCCUCCAUGUAGUGCUAGUUUGGUGUUAGUUUGAUAAUGUGCUUCAGGGGGAAGAAAAAAGAGAGAAAUGAAUAGCCUUAUGGGUGAUUUCCUGGUUACUUUUAAAGUGACAGCAUCAGUUUGCACCUGGUAAAAAAUGAUCACCAUUCUCACCAUUUAAAUACCUGUUUCAUGAAGUAACUGAAUUAUAUAUAACGGCACCAGUUUCUGCUUGAACCAGUUUGUAGUAGGUGGUUUCAGUCUUUCAGCGCACCGCAAACUAGAUAAAAAGAAGCCAAACUGCGAACACACAUGGUGCCGUCUUUGGUUGCAAACUACAAACAGUCAAACACCCCCUGGGAAUCACUGCUCGGCUAAAUUAUCAUCUGUAACAAGUUGCCGAUGACUGAAAUGCCAACAAAUGAAAAAUCAAAAAGGUCACACUGGAACAAUCUCACUGACGCCUGUUACCACUGGGAUAUCUCAGAUGCUUUCAAUCUGUGUCAAAUCCAAAAUAGUACCACACAGUGUGGAGCUUGUUGUUCGUGUGUGUCUGGAGAUUGUUGCUUGUCAGUAAAGAUGGACUAGAUUUUAUCUGUAAAGAAGUGUACAUUCCAUUGUCCAAUUUCAGACUUGUGCCCUGCGGCUUCUGCUGAUUGCUUAAUUAAAUUGGAGUCUAUUUUUCUUCA